AUGUUUCAACAGCAGACCCAAAUGCCUAGAGGCAAUGGGCAGCCGCAUCAGAGCCUUACCGAAAUUGCUGCCAAGGAGAAGUUCAACUCAUUAAUAUUCGAAUAUCUCUCCUUAAGCGGCGCCACAAAAACAGCAGAAGCUUUCAAAGAGGAAGUUUUAAGUUCUAGUCCGAAUUUGGCUAAUAUUAAAGCACCGGAAAAAGGCCAACCAUUUUUAUACGACUGGUUUUCAGUAUUUUGGGAUUUGUAUUGUGCGGCACCUGAAAGGAGGGAUUCCGGCGAGCCGUACACACAAGAAGCCAAAUAUUUUCAAGAUUAUAUGACACCUGAUUUACAACAAACAUUGAUGGCACCAUCUGCGUUCGGGCCUGGUCGAUUCGCGCCCAAUCGUAUGCCUCCCGCUGGAAUGCCGCCCGCUGGUUUCGGGAUGUUCCCUGGCGAUCCGCGUAUGGCACGAAUGCCUGGAAAUUCGUUACGAAUGCCGCCAGGUGCACCAUUCCCUGGUGCGCCACCGCCAGGCGGCAUGAGACCUGGACCGCCCGGAAUGCAAGAUAUGGGAAUGCCGAGGUAUCAAGGAUUUAUGGAUCAACCAUUCCCGGGUGCGAGCAGCAGUGGAAUGAUGCCAAACGGCGGAAUUCCACCAAUGCCGAUGUCGUCGCCAGGAAUGCCGCCACCGGUUAGCGAUGGAUCUGUACCAUUCAUGGGAAUGGCGAUGCCGCCAAGCUCGAGCGCAAUGCCGUUCUCGAUGAACGAGCAAACACUGACGCCAACAUCAGCACCACCGGCUGCAACGACACCGGUCGCCGCUGUCUCAUCUGGAAACAUUAGUAAUCCUCCAACAAUGCCGCCAUGCUCAUCCGAUGAAACGCCAUCGAGUAACGCAGCGACAGCGGGAAUGCCGGCGAGCGUCGGAGCGCCGACGUCGUUGAUGAACGGCGACGAUAUCAAAUCGUCGCCGGUGUCGACGCCGCACGGCGCGGGCGUCACCGGCGGUACACCUGCGCCGGGAAGUGCGCAGAGUGCGGCGCUGGCGCAACCGGCGACACCAUCCGGCGGACCGCCGAGUCAUCCGCCGUUAUCGGCAGGCGCCGCGUCACAAGGAGCAACGGAAAUCAAUGCAUCUAUGGACGAUAAUACGGAAAUAUCAAAGAUCAAAGAAGGCCUACUUGACGGAUUCAUGAAAACAGAAGCCGGCACCGAAGCGCAAUUCUUCACCUAG